AUGCGGGUCGAAGCGCUCGUUGUGAUGCUCGCGGCGCUACUGCUGCACGCGCACAACGACUUUGCGCCGCUGGACACGUACGUGGACUUCUAUUCGACAAGCCACUUGACCACUGAGCGCCAGUUUCGUGACUCGUACUACUCUGCGCGAGCCCUUUUUCGCACACGCGCCGAGGCAGCAGGUGCCAAGCUCUUUGUGCUCCCUCUGGAGCAUUUGCAGUCGCUAGACUUGACUGUGGAUGUAGCCGUGCUUCAAGGAUCGAGUGAGCGCGUACUACUGCAUGUAUCAGGGACACACGGCGUCGAGGGGUUUGCAGGGAGUGCCAUUCAGGCAGCGCUGUUGGAGCAAGCCGCGACGCCCUCGAGCUCUGCUUCACGACUCAAUCCCACGGUGAUCUUCGUGCACGCACUCAACGCGUAUGGCUUCGCUCAUCUUCGACGGUCCAACGAGCACAGCGUGGACUUGAACCGCAAUUGGCUCACUCCGGAACAGUUCCAAGAACGCCAAGCACGCGAGUUGGAUGGGCUUGGGUACGAAACUGUCUACGACCUGCUGAACCCGACGGACAUGAGCGAGAUCCGAAACUGGUUUUGGGUCAAAGGCAUGUGGCAUUUGGCUUCCCAGGGCUUUUACGCAAUCAAGCGGGCGACUGUCAGUGGGAACUACCGUUUUCCGUGGACGCUGUUUUACGGGGGAACCGAGCUUGAACCGAGCUUAGUGCUACUGCGAGAGUUUUUACAAAAACAUGUGGACUUUGACGUCGUGACGAAGUUUGCGAUGAUUGAUGUGCACACCGGACUCGGACCUGCUGGAGUCGACACACUCAUGCUGGGCACGGACAGCGAUGUGGCUGUAGCACGCAGUGUCUUUUUCGGCCCUGAGUACGCGAACAAGGUGGUUUUUGCGCACGAUAACGACAACCCGGUGUCUCGCGGCUACGAUGAUGUUGGCGGCCUUGUCUACAACGGUGUGGCCGGUCUGUUAUCGCCGCAAACGAAAGAAAAUGCAGUCUUGUUGUGUCAGGAAUUCGGGACAGUGCCUGGCGUUUUUAUCCUGAAGGCUUUGAUUGAAGAGAAUGUGAUGUACAAGCACGAUUCGUCGUCAGCAGCCCGAUUGCCGUACGCUCAGAAGCUCAGGGACGUGUUUUACCUACACCAGAGUAACUCGUGGAAGAGCGAGGUGCUGCGCCGCGGUGCUGACGUGUACGCUCGGCUGCACGAGUUUCUAGCUUCUUAA